AUGUACAACAACAUGCAAGGCCAGGGCUGGGGCCGCCCAAUGCAGCCGCAGAUGACAGGCUAUCCCCAGCAACAGCAGCAGCAGCAGCCAAUGCAGCAGCAGGGUAGCGGCUUCCUCCAGCCUCAACAGACCGGAUAUCCUGGCAUGUCCCAAUUCCAACGUCCAAUGCAGACCGGAUUCCCGCAACAGCAGCAACAGCAAGGCCUCAUGCCACAACAAACCGGCAUGAUGGGCGGUGGCAUGGGUAUGCAGCCCGGUAUGCAGUCUCAACUGCGUCCUCAGGCCACCUCCAACUUCGGCGGUAUGGGCAUGGGCAUGGGUAUGGGCAUGGGCGGCGGCAUGGGCGGCGGCAUGGGCGGCGGCAUGGGCGGCGGCAUGGGCGGCGGCAUGGGCGGCGGCCUUCAGCCCCAGCAGACCGGCUACAUGGGCGGUCUCCAACCCCAACAGACCGGAUACAUGGGCGGCGCCGGUGGUCUUCAGAUGCAGCCCACCAGCCUCAUGCCUCAGAUGACCGGCAUGCCCAUCCGCGAUCCGCGCAUGCAGCUCAUGAGCAGCCAGUUCCUCCCCGCCUCCCAGCCUUUCUCCGGCGCUCCCGUCGCUGGCAACAUGAACUUCAGCCAGGCUAGCAUGCAGCCAUCCAACUUCCAGUCCCAGAUCCAGACCCUCAGCCAGCAGCAGCAGGGCUCCAAAGAGCCUCGCAUCCCCUGGGCGCUCAGCAAGGAGGAGAGGAAGAGCUACGACUCCAUCUUCCGCGCAUGGGACUCUCAAGGCACUGGCUUCAUCAACGGCGAGGUCGCUCGCGAGGUCUUUGGUCAGAGCGGUCUCGAGACCGACAAGCUCAUGCAGAUCUGGCAUCUCGCCGAUACCGGCAACCGAGGGAAGCUCAACGUCAACGAGUUCCACGUCGCCAUGGGCCUCAUCUACCGCGCUCUCAAUGGAAACGACGUUCCCGAAACCCUGCCUUCCGAGCUCAUCCCGCCUUCCGCCAAGGACCUCAACGACUCGGUCGAUUUCCUCAAGGACCUCCUCAAGAAGGACACCAGCGUUCGUCACGGCACCGGCCUCAACCUCCCCGAGGCUGGCUCCAACAGCGGCGCCUCCUACGCCAAGGCGCGCUCCUUCCACCAGAACCCCGUCGCUCCCAAGAAGGACGCCACCGCCUACAAGCACGACGACGCCGACGUGCCCAGCUACAAGAGCAGCAGUCGCCACCUUGACCGAAAGACUGUGCGCUACGAGGGUCAGAGUGCCACAGACGACCUCUCCGAGAUGAAGCGUCAGCUCGAAAACACCCAGAAGCUCCUCGACAAGCAGGGCGCCGACGACGACGAGGAUCGCGAGCUCGACCGCGAGAUGGACGAUCUUCGCUACCGCAUCCGCCGCGUGCAGGACGACAUCGAGUACUACAACCGUCGUGGCGGACGCGACUCGGCAGACCUUCGCCGCAAGGCCGAGCGCGAGCUCAUGCAUCUCAUGCACGAGCGCCUCCCCCAGCUCGAAAAGCGCAUCGAGGCAAGGGAGAGCCGACAGCGCGACCGCAAGCUCGGCGAGAGCCGCGAACGCGACCGUCGCAACGAUCCCUACAACCGAUACGCUUCCGAAGACCGCGAUCGCCAGAACGACCGAGGCUCCAGCCGAUCCGGCUCCACACUCGGCGACGGCGAGUAUCUUCGCGGCACCUUUGACCGCGAUGGCGAUCGCCGCAGCGACUCAGGCUACUCGCGCGACCGUUACGACGACCGAGRUUCUYCCCGCCGCAACGACGACUACCGCGAGCGCGAUGCCGAGAGGUCCGCCUCGUCCCAGCCCUCUACGCCUGCCGAGCCUCCCAAACCCGCUCCUGCGCCAGUCGCUCCCGCAUCCCCGGCUCCAGCUGCCUCGGGCCCUCCCAAGAACAUGUCCGCCGAAGAGCGUGCCGCUUGGAUCCGAUCCGAGGCCCAGCGCCGUGUGCAGGAGCGAAUGCGCAUGCUCGGUGCCGUCGCCCCCGCCGGUCCCACUCCCGUCGACACCAGCGUCGAGGAGCGCCUCAAGGCCGAGCAAGCAGAGGCUGCCGCCAAGAGCGCACAGGCAGAUGCCGAGGCUGCUGCGCGUGAGGAAGCCAGGAAGGCUCGUCUCGAAGAGAACCGUCUCAAGACCGAGAAGGCCAGCCUCGCUACAGUCAAGCAGGAGAUCAAGGAGGCUGAGCGCAGCGACGCUCCUCCUCCUGCUCCAGUUGUUCAGGCCGCCAAGGAGGAGAUCAACGACCAGGAAGACAUGAUCCGUCGUCGCGAAGAGGUGCUUGCCAAAGAGAAGGCAGAGCGCGAGGCUCGUCUUAAGCGACUCGAGGAGCAGGAAGAAGAGGCACGAAAGCAGGAGGAGGCUUUCAAGGAGCGCCAGAACAUGUUCAACAGUGGUGCCAAGCCUGCAGCGUCUUCGCUCCCGCCUCCUUCGCGCAAGUCGGGCAAGGCGGGUGCACCUCCUCCGCCACCUCCUUCGCGAGCGCGCGCCGCACCGGCCGCACCUGCUGCGCCUGCAGCUGCCGUCACGUCGCCCACCAGCCUCGCUCCUCCUGCCCCAGAGGCGCCUCCCGCUCCCGCUCAGCCGAGCCCGAGUGGAGGCUCGAGCACGAACCCGUUCCACCGCAUGCAGCAGGGAGCCGGAGCCGCCGUCACCAGUCCUCCCGCCGCUGUGGCCCCCGCGCAGCCCUCGAGCGGAGGCACGAAUCCCUUCUUCCGGUCUCAGCAGGCUGUGGCCGACUCGAACCUACCUGCCGCCACCCGUGCUACGCCUCCAGUCUCGGCCCAGCCGACCGGCGCCACGCCCACCUCUGCAUCGCGCACCAUCUUCACCGCGCCCAAGCAUGAUGACGACGACUGGGAAGAAUCCGACAAAGACGACGAUGAUGACGACGCUGAUGGCCCUGGGUCCAGCACGCGCGCCACGCGCCAGAACUUGGCUCAGGCGCUCUUCAGCAAUCUCAUCCCCAGCAGCGGCCGCUCCACCCCGCCCGCCUCGGCUCCCGCGGCUCCUCCUGCGCCUCCUGCUGCACCCGCUGCUCCAGCCGCUCCGCCUGCUCCGGCCGCACCUGCUGCUCCGAAAGCGCCGGUCAUCAAGCCAGCCGAGGGGCCUGUCGAUCGCGGUGCUCUGCUCGGCCAGAUUCAGGUUGGCCUCAGGCUCAAAAAGGCGCAGACCAACGACCGCUCCAAGGCGCUCGUUACCGGCAUUGUCAUUGGCGAUGCUACGCCCCCGGUCCAGACGUACGUGCCGCCGCCGAGUCCACCUGCGGCUCCGCAGGUCUCGUCGGCUGUUGGAGAGCGCACGGUCGAAGGGGCUGCGGAUGCUCCUCCCCCGCCGCCUCCUGCGCCGCCUGCGCCCCCAGCCCCGCCCAUGGCCGACAACUUCGACUCGGACUUUGGCGCCAGCGAGCUUGCCGCUGCCAACCCCAACCGACAGAGCGUCGACUGGGCCAACAGCCUCGCCAACGACCAGGCCAACACGAAGGCGACUGCGUUCGUUCCAGACGAGCCUUCGGUGCGCGAAGAGGCCGAGGAGGACAGCGGCGACGAGGACGAGGGACCUGAGGACCUCGACGCCCGCAAGCCUGCCAACGGUCAUGCAGCUUCGGGCAGCGACGAGGUCGAGGGCUUUGACCUGAGUCGCUCCGUGCGCGUGCGUACACUGUACGGCUACUCGGGUCAGCGCGACGAGGACCUCACUUUUGAGGAGAACGACGUCCUCUCGGCACACCCGCCUAAGGAUGCCAGCAGCGACUGGUGGUACGGCUCGCUCGCUAGCGGGUCCAAGAAGGGAUUCUUCCCGCGCUCGUACGUCGAGCCGAUUGACAAGCCUGCCAAGGCCAAGGCUCUGUACGACUACUCGGGCGCUUCGGCGGAAGAAGCCACGUUUAGCGAGGGCGACGAGCUGCUCGUUGUCGAUCAGGAGGAUGCCAAUUGGUGGCGCGUCGACGUGGGCGGCGCAAAGAUCCUCGUCGCACCCGCCACGUACCUGGAGCUUUCUGGAUCAACUCCAACAGGCGGCCAAGGCACGAACGCUUUCCAGGCAUCGCCGGAUGUAGCCCGACCAGGUGGACACGGGCAGGAGGACAGCGAUACGGGCUCGGGCGUCAUGGUGCGCCGGCACUCGCAGCAGUCCGAGCCGACCAGCACCGACUCCAAGUCAGCUUGGGUAGUGGUUGAUGCCGACACCAAGAGUCCCAGCUCAUCCAAGCUCAAUGUGGACGCCGAUCCCAACACGCCAACACGCGCCGGUACGUCUGCAGCUCAUGCAACAAGCGACGCCGUAGACGAGGCGGACGAAGAAGCGCAGCUAGCUGCUGCGCUGGCAGCAUCGGCAGCGGAGGACCGCGAAAUCAAGAUCGCGCGCAUGCGCGAGGAUCGUCAGGUGCAAAAGGCCAUCGAGGCAUCCAAGAUGGAAGCAGUCGCUUAUGCGCUCGGCACCAUUGAGGCCGGAAACUCGGCUGCGACUCCGUCUGGCGUUGGCGUGGAGGAUCAAGCUCACGAAGCCUCCGACUCGGAAGACACCGAUUCCACCACAGGAUGGACCUCGAGUGACGACGAUGAUGAUGAAGACCAGGACCAUCGCGAUGCGCCUCUCAACGCGGACGACCAAGUUGCGCCGCAGACCGAAGCGGAAAUCCGCCAGCACACCAUCGAGAGGCUGCGCGUGCUCGAAGCGGCAGGUGUGCUUGUCAAGGCCGACGAUUUAGCCGCCGAUUCUGCAGACGGCCCGGAGCAGAGCCAGCAGGUGGGUGCUUCCCAGGCAGACGACUCGGUCAAGCGCAUGCCUACCAAAGCAGGGCGACGUCCGCCUCCGCCUCCGGGCCAGAAGCGACACAAGAAUCUCGACGAACUGAUGAUGCUCUCGCGCUCGCGCACGGCCAAGCGCCCCGCCAAGCCCGAGGAGCCCGAACGUCGCAAGCCGCCGAGCCGACCCAAGAAGCGUCCGAGCCGCGACCUUCCUGCGCUUCCCAACGACGCCGCCUCGAGCGACGCACCAACGCCUGCUGUCGACAACACCGCCGAGGCGACCGAGGAAGACCGCAUGGAGGAUGCCUACGACCGCUACCUCAAGCUCACCAAGGAGGUGUCGCUGCAGCCUAUUCUGCCUGCCACUGCAGCGAGUGCGGUGGCCAAGAAUUCCAUGGUGCCGCCAGCGUCGCCGCCUUCGUUCGCGACCGGCUCGCCCGCACGACCCAGUUCCGCAGCGGGAGAGUCUUCGUCGCGCACCUCGGGCUUCCUCUCAACGAUCAAGUCCAUGUCGCACCGCAGCAACUGGACGGGAUCGUCGGGAGCGGCUUCGCGUCCCGAGUCGGGCAUCGGAAGUCGGAUCGUCAGUGGUCCGAUCGCGAUGGGAGCCUCGACGCCAACAGGCGGUCUGUUGCAAGCCGCCUUGAUCUCGGAGCCGCAGCGCGCGAGCGGCGAGUCGUCCGAGGCAUCCGAGAGCGCAGCUGCACGCAGCGGUGCGCCGUCGUGGUCGAGUCUCGUGGGCCGCGAGCUGCUGUCCGGGCUUUCGGACACGGAGCGCAAGCGGCAAGAGGCGAUCUUUGAGCUGAUCGCCACCGAGACGGCGCACGUGCGCGACGUGCAGAUCAUCGUCGAGGUCUUCUUCAACUCGAUGCAGAGCAUGCUGUCGGCCAAGGCGAGCACGGUGAUCUUUGCCAACAUCGAGAGCGUGCUGGUGACGGCGGUGUCGUAUCUGUCGGAUCUGGAGGCGCGGCAGAAGGAGGACCGGCUGUUCGUGGGUGCGAUCGGCGAUGUGCUCGAACGCCACAUGCCGGCCAUGAGCGUCUACCUGCCCUACUGCGUCAACCAGCAGAGCGCGAGCGAGAUCCUUGCGGCCGAGCGGAAGCGCGAUACACGCGUGGAUAUCCACCUGCUCAAUUUGCGCUCGAAUCAUCCAGCUGCUCGAGGGCUGGAUCUGAGCCAUUUCCUGCUCGUACCCAUGCAGAGACUCACGCGGUACCCGCUGCUGUUGGCACAAAUCCUGCGGUAUACCCCCGAGGACCAUGUUGACCAUGCACGCGUGGCGAGCGCCAAGCAAACGGCCGAGGACAUCCUGGCCAAGACCAACGAGGCGAUUCGGGAAAACGAGGACACGACGGCGCUGUCGAAGCUCUCGCAGAAUCUGUGGUUGGGCGAAGAGGCGCGUCUGGAUCUCACCAAGCCGUUUGUCGAUCCGGCCCAGCCGGGCGUCAAGCGCCAACGACGUGUGCUGCGCGACGAGAUGGUGGCCAAGGCCAAAUCGGGCCGCAAGCUGCGCCUGGUGCUGACGACCGACUUGCUGCUCGUGCUGCAUGCCCAGGACGCCAGCUUGUACCGCAUGCCCAUCCCCGUCAACGAGGUGAGCGCGCACGAGGCCAAGGCCAAAAGCAGCAGACAUGCAGACGCCUUCAAUGUGGUCCACUCCAUGCCCGCUGUGGGGGGCGGUGCGCCGCAGGCAGACACGCUCAAGCUGCGCGCACCCGCUCAGCGCAACGCCGCAGCCUGGAUCAAGGCCAUCAAUGCCGCCCGUGCGGACGCUCCCGCCUCCAAAGCGUAA